GCAUCAAUUUGUUCCUGAGCUACGCCUGCAAAUCAACUCGGCCAUCCACCGCACUACUGGUGAACAGCCUCUCUACCUGCUUACCGGCAGGCAUGCCAACUUUCCUGUCGGCCUCACCAAUGAAGCUGUCUUCGACGAAAACACCAAGCUCCAGGAGCGCCUUCAGGAAGCCCGUCGUGCAGCUGUAGAAGCCUCUAAGGAAGCGCGCCGAAUCUACGGGAGGUGCCCUUGUGUGGUACUAUGAGCACCGCCAUCGUAUGGGAGGUCUUCCUCCUCUCACAGGGAAAUGGCGCGGCCCUGCACGUAUCCUGAAACGACUAGGACCGGUGUCCUUUGAGAUCCAAGACGUCACCACCGAAGUCCAGAUGAAGGCUCAUCUGAAUCACUUGAAAGCUUACUAUGCACCAGCCGAGCUUUCAUAUGCUGCUGACGACGAGGUCGAAGAUGACGAGGAAGUCGAGGAUAGUGACGAUGAUGAUGCUGAGGCCCCUAACCCAGAUGAUCCCUGGGUUGCCAUGCUGACGUCCAUGGUACGGGAAGCAGAGGCCUGUGGCGUCGCUCGAGGAGCUGCAGAUGCUGGAGCUGAUCUACUCUGAGUUAUUUUGUUGUAAUGUAUUUUGUCUGUUUGUUUUUUUUGCUGCCUUCUGCUUGUGGACACGUCUGGCUGUCCACGUUUUAUGUUGUAAAGGCAAGUAACGGGGCUCAGGCCAAUCUUUGAUUUUGUUUCAGGCUGUCUCCGCUGACCACUCCGACCCAAGGCAUGGGAGGAUUGUGAAGUGUAUUAAUUACCAAGAGGGCGUGGCACUCCAGUUGGCACUCUUCCUGCGACACGUGUGCGCACUUGUCACCUGCGCGUGACUUCUAUGGUUCCCCCUAAGCCCGUUUUCUUUCCCCUCGUUAUGUUUACAUUAAUGUUGCAGUUGUUGGUUUUAUGGAUCCCACUUUUAGUUUAGUAUUUUUGAUUGCGUUUUUAUUUUAUUUAAUUUCUAAAUCCAGUUGUGACCUCCCCGA